AUGGACUCUAAAUGGUUUUUUAUUGUAUUAAUAAGUUUUUUAUUGGUUCUUCCAAGUAUAGUCACACCUUAUAGAAAGAGUGUUGAAAUAACAAAUGAAGAACCACAAAGAGAUAUAUAUCAAUUAGAAAAAACUAAUAAGAUGGCAGAAGUAGGAGAUUUGGGUGUUGCUUCAUUUUUAAAUAUUUUAGAUACCAGCAGUUCUAGUUCAAGCUCAAGCAGUUCUAGUUCAAGCAGUUCUAGUUCCAGCUCAAGCAGUUCUAGUUCAAGCAGCUCUUCAUCAAGCAGUUCAAGUUCUUCUUCAAGCAGUUCAAGCUCUUCAUCAAGCAGCUCAAGCUCUUCAAGCAGUUCAUCAUCAUCAUCAUCAUCAUCAUCAUCAUCAUCAUCAUCAAGCAGCUCAAGCUCAUCAUCAUCAAGCAGCUCAAGCUCAUCAUCAUCAAGCAGCUCAAGCUCAAGCUCAUCAUCAAGUAGCUCAAGCUCAAGCUCAUCAUCAAGCAGCUCAAGCUCAUCAAGCAGCUCAUCAUCAUCAUCAUCAAGCAGCUCAAGUUCAUCAUCUUCAAGCUCUUCAUCAAGCUCAAGUAGCUCAAGCUCUUCAUCAAGCUCAAGCAGCUCAAGCUCUUCAUCAAGUUCAAGUAGCUCAUCUAGUUCAAGCUCUUCAUCAAGCUCAAGCUCCUCAAGCUCAAGCAGUUCAUCAAGCUCCUCAAGCUCAAGCAGUUCAUCAAGCAGUUCAUCAAGCUCCUCAAGCUCAAGCAGUUCAUCAAGCUCCUCAAGCUCAAGCUCUUCAUCAAGCUCAAGCUCAAGCUCAAGCUCCUCAUCAAGCUCAAGCUCUUCAUCAAGCAGCUCAUCAUCAUCAUCAUCAUCAUCAUCAUCAUCAUCAUCAUCAUCAUCAUCAUCAUCAUCAUCAUCAUCAUCAUCAUCAUCAUCAUCAUCAUCAUCAUCAUCAUCAUCAUCAUCAUCAUCAUCAUCAUCAUCAUCAUCAUCAUCAUCAUCAUCAUCAUCAUCAUCAUCAUCAUCAUCAUCAUCAUCAUCAUCAUCAUCAUCAUCAUCAUCAAGCUCAAGCAGCUCAUCAAGUUCAAGCUCAAGCAGUUCUAGCUCAAGCAGUUCUAGUUCAAGUGGAGAAAACUGA